UGGGUGCUCCUUGCCAGAGUGAGUCCCUUCAUCCCUGCCACAUCAGAGACCAGUGAACAACAGCUGCUUCCAUCAUGAAGCUGGUGACGGUCCUCAUGCUGGUGGCCCUCCCACUUUACUGCUAUGCAGGGUCUGGCUGCCAACUUCUUGAGGAUGUGGUUGAAAAGACGCUUGAUCCUGAACUGUCCACGACUGAAUAUGUAGAAGCUUUUCAAGAGUUCAUAUCGGAUGAUGCCGCUAGGGAGGCCGCAGCACAAUUUAAACAAUGUUUUCUCAUCCAGUCAAAUGAAACUCUGAGCAAUUUUGGAAAGAUGAUGGAAACAAUGUACAAUAGCUUAUAUUGUGCUCUCUUUUGACUUUCCACAAGACCUUUGGCUGAGAGGACUAUAGAGAAUGAUCAGAAACCAACUGUCAACUGCUAUAAACCACAAUUUUACUUCCUUUUUUGCUUGUGAUCUACUACUGCAAGACAAUUGUUGAAACCUCAUUUGCAUUUUCAUUUCAAUAAAGUAUCUGCAAACACA